CGACCUAUCUUAUCAAUAUUUUCCCGUCUCGUAGAAGACACCAAGUUUAACCAUGUUGGCAUCAACAAAUGUGCAUAUCAUAACCGAAUUACCUUCCGGGUGUGCGUGAAAUGAGGAAUUGUGUUGUGUUCCUUUUGUGUUUGGUCACUGUGAAGACAGAAGUGUACGCCUGUGAUGAUGAGGAGCUGUCGAGGCAUCUUUACAACGCAACACUCCAGGAAAACUGUUAUCAAAACGCUACCUCUUGUCAGUCCACCUGCACUUCCGGUCAUGUGUUAGAAAACGGAAGUCAGACGACGAUUCACGUCUGUAACGGUACCUCAUGGAUCCCGAACACGGUUACGUGUCUGCCUGCAAGGACUCCAGUGAUGACGACAAACUUUACCAUCGUGUAUGUGACAGAGGACCAGCCAGCCGGAAACUGUCUCUACAGUUUUAACGUCAGAAUGUGGGAGAGUAUCAGCAGCUUCCGGAAUGCUAUUCGUUCGACAUGCGGAGAGCUGGAGACCGGAUCUAUUUCAAUUGAAAAUUUGGAACUUUCACCUUUGGCUUUUCAGGUUAUUGUUGUAUUCCACGUCAAAUUCUCAGGAGAAGGUACCGAGACAUCCCGCGAUAUCUGCAUGGAUAUGAUUGAAAUCAUAUCUAACGGGAAUCAGAACUAUCUGAAACCUUUCUCCGUCAUUUCCUGCGGUGCUUCGCACAUCGCAGUAACAAAAAAGCAGACGACAAGGAGCGCCGUCUUUGAGUACAACUGUACCGAGAUGUUUGGUUCACAGCCGUUGGCGAGUUCAGGGGGUGUUCGAUGUGUUCAUUGCUUUCCUGGAAAUUACCUAAACUCGACCCGAUGUAAGCCCUGCAUCCAAGGAACGUAUCAGGCAGUUCUGGGUCAGCUGACCUGUGACGUAUGUCCAACCGGAAAACACGUCACAGGGGACAGAACUAAAUGUCUAGAUUCGGUGUGUGUUUCUACUUUCCUUUCCCAGAAGACCCAAAAUAUUGAUUUAACGUGUACCUCUGAGAAUCAAAUGUGUAUGUCCACCUGCUUGGGUGGGUACAUACAAGAUGACGGGGGACUUUCUACAGUGUAUAACUGCAGCGGAGAAGGAUGGUUUCCUCCUCUUAAGAGUUGUAUAAGUUACACCAUUCCGUGUGGUUUGGACCAACUUUCCUCAGCCAUUCCAAAUUCAAAAUACACGUGCGCUGCACACAACCAAACCUGUACGGUAGAGUGUAGUAGUGGAUACGUCACCAGUGAGGGGGAGGCCUCUGUAGAGUACAGGUGUGAGGGCGAUGUUUGGACUCCUAACCGGAAACUCUGUCUGGAAUACGAUAUUCCCUUUACAACAAGCGCCCUCUACACGACUUACAGCACUGUGGACCAAGUAGCUUUGUCCUGUCUUCAAGAUUUCCGAGAAAUCACAGAAAGAAACAAAGACGUAUUUCAGAAGACCAUCACAGACUACUGUGGGGAUUUGGGUAUAAACGCUGGGGGUGUGAAGAUCGAAAACAUCACAUCAAUUUCACUCUCGUUUCAAAUAACAAAUACAAUAUUGAUUACGUUCUACGAAGAAAGCGUUGACGUCCGUGAGGUUUGUCUUGACUAUAUCACGCUGAUAUUUCUUAACGUUCCUUCCCUACUCAUGCCGUACUCUCGACUCAGCUGUACCUAG